UUCCUUUUCCCCGCCUCUCUCUCUCUCUCUCUUACUCUCUCUCUCUCUCUCUCUCUAAAAAGCCAUGGUGGAGCUCGGAACCCUAGGGUUUCGAUCCCAAAACCCUAGCCCGAUCCGCGACGCUCCUCCUCCGCCGCCGCUCGCCGGAGAGCUUCGGGAGCUUCUUCUCCCACACGCCGCGGCUCCGAUUCCGACGACGCUCAGGCCCUUUCAAGAUCAACGGGUUAUCAAUAUGACAGAGAAUCAAGCUUAUACCAUUGCAACAUCAACUAAGUUUGAUAUCUCGGGAGUUGGCGUUGAGAAAUUUGAUGAUGUGUUUCGCGAAAGAAAAGAAGUUGAAACCGAAGAAUGGGAGAAGUGGAUUCAUUGAGACAGAGAAGCUUGAAAAUCAUUUGAUGAGAUCAUUUUACUACUUGAGCAGAGUUUGAGAAAGAAAAGAGAGAGAAGAUCGUUAUAUUUAUCAACUUCUUUUCCGAUAGCUCGAA